AUGGACAUCAAAAUGGAAAUUUCAUCCCGAAUUAAGAGACUCGUCUUCAAAACAUGCUUUGUUUUUCUUUCAUGCGGCGUUCUAUUAUGGUUUUCCAUUUUUUCUUAUGGACUUUUGUACUAUUUGUAUAUUCCUGCAGUUGCUCAUGUGAAGAUGGUGUAUUUUCAAUAUGACAUGUCGUGCAACAAAAUGGAAGGCUGCCGGUUUCCUCACGACAAUGUCACUCUGGUGGAAAAGGGAAAGUAUGAGCUUUUAUCUGGGGGACAAGCCUACGCUAUCGAAGUCGUUCUGGAUAUGCCGGAAUCCGAGCGGAACAUCGACCAAGGUAUGUUCAUGAUCAAGCUGGACAUGCUUUCGGAUAGUGGCAAAGUCAUCAGGUCUUCCUUCAGGCCGGCCCUGCUCCAUUACAAGACUCCAUUGUUCAAGAUCAUUUACACCUUAUUCUUUGCUCCGGGGCUCCUCGUUGGAUCUGUGGAGGAAAAGCAGACCCUCGUCAUUUCGCUGUUUGAGAACUUUGUGGAAGAUGGCCCUGCACACUUUGCUUACAUCGAGAUACAAGGGAAGACGACGGAAAUUUAUUCUGCUUCGCUGAGGAUUCAUGCUCGCUUUACCGGGCUGAGGUACCUGAUGUACUACUGGCCCGUGCUCUCUGCCCUGGUGGGCAUCGGGACCAACUUCUUCCUGCUGGUCCUGGUCAUCGCACUGAUCUGGGCCAGACAGAUCGCCAAUGGCAACUCGAUCAGACACUCUAAUGUGGACCUGAGGGAACAGCAGAAGUUCACCGAAGAGAUCAGGAGGGCCAUGCAGAGGAAGUACUCUCAGAAGCAUACGGAGAAGCUGCGCACUUCCAUCUCCGAGGAGGAGUUGGAAGAUGCGGUCCUGGUCCCCGAUGAUGGGGAGGGGGAGCUCUCCCGGAGCCUGAGGAGGAAGACAGAAGAGAUCUUCGGGGAGAGCCCCCCCAUCGGCCAGCGGAUCGUGGAGCUGGAGGAGGGGGACACGUCCCCCCUCCUCAGGAGGAGGAAGACUCUGGAGCAGUGCGAGACGGAACUGUGA